GAAGAGACACGGGCGCCUGUCAUCCGUUAACCACCCGAGCAUCUCUAGCAUCCAAACGCAGUUUCUAACCAGAACAGUCAUUUAACUCAUCGUUUAAGUGGUAUACAAUACCAGAAGGCUUCUUUCCCGUCACAUCGACUGAUAUUGUAAAACUUUAAAUGCUCUUCUUAUGGCUGUCUGAAAGCUUCUUGCGGCGAUUAUAACUGCUAACUGAAGCUUGUAUGAAACAUUUCUGUCUGACAUCUCUCGGAGUCAUCUCUCUUUAAAAAAUUUCUCGGGGAUUGUGAGACUUCCAUGUCGGCGAUGUUGUUUUCCAUCUUAAUCGAUACCUGAGACCAGGAGUCAAGAGUUAAGAAUUUGCAUUUGGCGUGGAUCGUUUGAAGAUCAUUAAAACAGAUCAAACUUUUAUCACAUAUGACACGGAUUAUUAAAAUAUGAGACGCUUAUUUUGACUAUCACAGUGGGAUAAAGCACAGCGCAUCAUCACCGCACCUUCAGGAUGUUCCGGCGAGGCUGUGGUCUGGAGUUUCUCCUGGUGCUGUGUGGUUUAGAGUUGACCCAGGCGUGUCCCCGUCACUGCAUCUGCUACGACUCUCCCAGCACGGUGAGCUGCCAGGCUCACAACUUCCUGGUGGUUCCAGAGGGAAUCCCGGCCCAGAGCGAGCGAGUCUUUCUGCAAAACAACAAGAUCCAGCGACUACUGCAGGGCCAUUUCAGUCCCACCACCGUUAUGCUUUGGCUCUACUCCAACAAUAUCUCAUACAUCCAGCCCUCCACAUUCAUGGGCUUCACCCGCCUGGAGGAACUCGAUCUGGGGGACAACAAACAUCUCCGUUCUCUGGCUUCUGACACUUUUCAGGGCCUGACCCGACUCCAUAACAACCAGCUGGAGUUUCUUGAGGAUGACAUGUUCAUUGAUCUUCUGAAUCUAAGCCAUUUAUUUCUGCAUGGAAAUCGGCUGUGGAGCCUCCACCAGAACACUUUCCGUGGCCUGGGGGCCCUUGAUCGCUUGCUGCUCCAUCAAAACCGGCUCCAGUGGGUUCACAAACAGGCUUUCCACGACCUGCGCCGCCUGACGACUCUCUACCUGUUUAACAACUCUUUACCUGAACUUCCGGCCGAAAGCUUGGCUCAGCUGCCAGCGCUGGAGUACCUGCGGCUCAACGACAACCCUUGGGAGUGCGACUGCAAGGCUGUGCCGCUCUGGGAUUGGCUGCAGCGCUUCCGUGGCUCCACCUCCUCAUUAAUAUGCGCGGCUCCGCCAGAGCUGGCGGGAAAGGAUCUGAAACGGUUGACAAAAGAAGAGCUUCCCUCCUGUACAGGCUCAGAGUCGCUCCACCAGAGCAAAUCCAGCCAGGGGGACGUGGGGGUGUCACUGAAGAAAGAGCAUCAUCAUCGAUCGCGUAAUCAUCAUCAUCAUCAUCCUCACCUGCCACAUCAGGAUCAAUACUACCCCACCUCCCCGUCGCCGCUUCCUCGACCGCCCAAGUCGGGACGCAACAGGAACUGCACAAGGCAUCGAAGCCGCAAGGGCAAUGCUCAGAACGAGGUGUAUAACCUGAAGGAGUUAGCCAACAAGGAAUCGGACGACAAAUAUGACCCGUCAAAACCGAGACGAAAGAACAAAUGCAUCCCUCGGACUUCAGUGGGUCCCCCUAGUGGCGUGCAAAGAGUGAAUAGCAAGGCGGCAUCCCUCUUGGCACCUUGUUUCAUCAUCCCUCUUUGCUUAUUGGUGUGUCUCACAGACCUUAUUUUCCGCUGAGCCUUGUGGAAGCGUCUACUAAUGGUUUUCCCGAACAAACUCAGCCCUCUGUCUACUCUGGCUCCUACACUUCAGUGUGCGAAUGUGUGUGUGUGUACGUUUGUGUGUACAUGUGAGCCCCUUUCGAGGGACAGAGGACUUGUGCGAAGUUGCAGGCCUGGAAUUAAAACCGAGAUGGCAAGAAACUCUGGGAUUUGUGGGCGAGAGACGGGACACUAAAUGGACUAAAUGGACUACUCCUCGUCAUGGACUACAAUCAUCACCAUUUCCUGUUGCUCCAGGGCAUAUUCAAUAACAAAAAAAAAACCAAAUACAUUUGAUAACUACAUUCAGUUGUACAUCACACCUCUGCAGAAUAAUUAGCAGCUCAUUGUGGUCAAGCUCAUCACCAUUAAAACCUCCGAAACCCUGUCCUGACCUUUGACCUUUGGGCUGCAGCCUGGGGGGGGG